UGACGGGUCGUCAUAAAAAGAAACACGUCACACCUCCUCCGCUCCAGGAUGCAGGAAAAACCGUCCCCGACCGCUGCCACACCAGCGAAGGUAAAAACGGACAGUUGGAUGGAGGACUCGUCGAUUGGUCGAUCAUUGUCGACACUAACGAACCCUACCACGAACCAGGGCCAUGGCAAGAGCGGUCGCAAAUUCUUAAACAUUCUUGAGAUGGAACGUUUCAGCAACAGCAACGUGGAGUCCUUGGACGAAAGCAACACCGUGGUGGAGCACAAUCCAAUAGAUGAUAUUCCUGUGCUGCCGGAUGCGGACGAUAUUCACGAGAGCUUACUGUACAACGAGAGUCCCAAUCUGCCGACCGUAACGACGUACAAAGAUCUUGGUUCGGAUAUUUUUGCAAACGGGAAAGCUUCGGCGCUCGGUAAUCUAGACGAAAUCAACAUUUCCAUCCUAACCGAGUGCUUGGAAAGCGAAGAAGACAUCGAGGAGCCGGACGAAGUGUGGACCUGGGACCAACUGUUUACUCAGCUGUCGGUGAAAAUAAGUACCGAAACGAAGGCGCCCGUUGCCGAGUUUAGCAACUAA